AUGAAGAUGUACAACGAAUUAUUACUUUUGACGAUUCUUUUAGUAUCUUAUUAUUCUGAGGCUUACAAAAUAUUAGUAGUAAGUCCUUUCCCAGGAAAAAGUCACUCCAUCCUCGGAGAUGGGCUUGUUAGACACUUAUCAAAGGCUGGUCAUGAGAUAACGUAUAUAACAGCAUUUCCUCACGAGAAACCUGCUGCUGGAGUCAGGGAGAUUGACGUUAGUUUCACCAAGCAAUUUUUGCCAGAUUCGAAAUUAAACAUAGAAAAAUUAUUGAAAAAGGAAGAUGUUUUCAAUGUAAAGGUAUUUGUUUCUGCGAUGGCGAAUAUGACUUCUAAGGCUUUAAAAUGUGACGCAGUUAACAAGAUUUUGACAGAUCCAAAGGAAACAUUUGAUGUUGUUAUUGGUGAAUGGAUGUUCAAUGAUCUUUAUGCGACGAUAGCUGCAGUGUAUCGAUGCCCAUUUAUAUGGUUGUCAUCAGUGGAACCCCACUGGCGAGUCCUAAUGCUGAUCGAUGAAAUACCCAACCCCUCUUAUAAUCCCGACGCAAUAUCGAGUAACGAUGUACCGUUAUCUUUCACGCAAAGAUUGCAAGAGUUAACUUUCCAGAUUGGAGGACUUGCUCUAGAUUAUUUUUAUGCAUAUGAUAUGGAUAAAACUAACUAUAAUGAAGUUCUAGUACCAAUUAUACGUAGCCGUGGCAAUCCUGUACCCACAUUUGAGGAACUUAGGUACAAUGCGUCGCUCAUGUUGGGUAACUCACAUAUUUCAAUGGGCAGAGCCACUCGACUGCCCCCUUUGUAUAAAUCUGUUGGUGGUUUUCAUAUUGAGGAGGAUGUAAAACCAUUGCCAGCGGAUUUAAAAAAACUAUUAGAUAAUGCCAAGAAUGGUCUUAUAUACUUCAGUAUGGGAUCUAACUUAAAGAGCAAAAUGAUGCCAAAUGAAUUGAAACAAAGUUUAUUGAAAAUGUUUAGUGAACUCAAACAAACAGUGCUGUGGAAGUUCGAAGAGGAUUUACCAAAUAGGCCAAACAAUGUUCAUAUAUUACAAUGGGCACCUCAACAAAGUAUUUUAGCUCAUCCUAAUUGUCGUGUAUUUAUAACCCACGGCGGUCUUCUGUCAACAACUGAAGCUAUUUACUUUGGAACGCCACUUAUCGUAAUCCCAGUAUUCGCUGACCAGUUCGGAAAUGCGGAUAGAGCUGUUAGCAAAGGAUUUGCAGUGAAAGUUGAACUCUCUUACACAAUGGCUGGUGAUAUUAAAUCAGCCAUCAAUGAAAUAUUUACAGAGCCUAAGUAUGCCACGAAAGCUAAGGAAUUGUCACUAAUAUACCAUGAUAGACCAGUACCACCUGGAAAAGAACUUGUUCAUUGGGUCGAACAUGUAGUAAAAACAAAUGGAGCCCUCCAUCUUCGAUCGCCUGCUUUGCAUCUACCUUUCUACCAAAAGCUGUAUCUCGACCUUCUUGCUAUCAUUGUAAUAAUAUUGUAUGUGAUAAAAUUAGUCAUCAAAAUGAUCUUUGACAAAAUUUUUGGAAAAAAGAAAGUAAAAGUAUUAGAUCACAAAAAGAAGAAUAAA